AUGGACGUCUCCAACUAUGAGUAUCUGCGGUACCUAGGGAUACAGAACGAAAUAAAAAGAAGAAAGGUGCAAAAAAAAAUCAGCAUAUAUCAUGUAGUCGACAUUGUGGUGCUCAUUUUGCUUUUCCUGGGAUGCUACCAAUUUGAUUUCAAGCAAAGUUACAAAAAUGAAAAAAAUUUAUUUUACAGUUUUUCUAAAUCAUUGGUGGACUUAUUUUGCCUGAACGUGUUCAGAAUAUUUUAUACCUUGGUGUUGUUUUUUGUUUAUUCAAAAAUAAGUUCAUUGAAAACGCUGCAAAAGGUGCAUAUUUUUUCGAGGCACUUCACGGGAAUAUUGGCCAUUGUAAAUACCUUAAAGAUUAUCAAUUUAGAGUAUAAUAUAAUUAGUGGAGGAGAGCCCACAGAUGAGUACAAGUCUCUUUAUGUGAGUACCACAAGGGUAAUUAUUAUGGUUUAUAGUUUAUUUUCUUCCAUUUAUUUUUACCUUGUGCAUAUUCAAUUGUGUACUGUGAAGAAGAGGAACAUCGUGGCGAAGGAUGAGCUGGAAAAGAUACUUAUGAAUGAAUUGAAAUGUAAAAAGUACCAAGUGUUUGGUGCCAAGGCGGGAAGCAAUUUGCAAGAGACCGACACCAGUACCAUGAAUAAUGAUUCUACUCUAGCUGAUGCGAAGAAUACACCUUAUUGGAGCCAACCCUAUAGCAAGUUGAGUGACUCAGACGAUGUGUUCAAAAGUACGAAGAAGCAGAAGAGUUGGUGUAAAGGCGAUGUUGGGCAGAUGGGAAAUGCUCUCGUCGAGAAAAACGUGAAUGAGGCUCUCCUCAAGAAGAAGAAAAACUACUUAGCGUAUAACAAGAUGGGGGGUGGCAGUGGUAGUGUUAGCGGUGGAGGUAAUAAUGUGAACAAGGGCCCUCUAUCCCCCUCCACAUCCUUCCCCACCUCCAAGGAUAAGUCGAACAUAAGCUUCCUGGAAGACAAACUGACUUACAAAGAAUUCGCGACCAUUUUACUUCCGUACAUGUGGCCCAGCAGGAGAGUAGACCAAAAGGGAAACAGCCUCAUUUUACGCACGUACAUUGUGAUGAUAUUUCUGCUCAUUAUAUUAUCCAAGGCGUUCAGUGUAAUAUGUCCUAUAUACCUAGGACUAGCCUCCAAUGAAGUGCUAAAAAAGGACAUGAAGAAUUCUUUGUUUUACCUGACCAUGUAUGUAAGUUUUUUUUUCAUUUCAAAAUUUUUAAAAGAAAUUUGUGGAGUUUUAUAUUCACAAGUACAGCAAUCAGCUUUCAUCGAAUUACAAGAAUCGAUUUUUCAAAAAUUUCACAAUUUAUCUUAUGAGUGGUUUUCCACGAAGAAUGCAGGUGGGAUCAUGCGAAUUGUAGACCGAGGUACUGAAAGUGCUAACAGUUUAAUGAAUUCCUUACUCAUGUAUAUCAUUCCAGCCACCAUAGAAGGAGUUGUUACAUGUAUAAUUUUUGUAAUUAAAUAUAAAAAUAGCCUGUUGGGUAGCAUCCUUUAUAUAGGACUUACACUUUACAUAUACGCCACGAUAAAAAUAACCAAGUGGAGAAAGAAGAUAAGGAGCAAGGCGAAUAAAAUGGACAAUGUGUACCAUGAUAUUGCUCACGAUUCGUUAAGCAAUUAUGAAAAUGUAAAAUAUUUUAGUAAUGAAAAUUAUGAAAUUAAAAGGUUCUGCAGUGCACUCUCUAAUUAUAACCGAUAUAACUUGAAGAUUCUUAACAGCUUGGGUGUGCUCAACAGUGUACAGCAAUUUAUUCUAAACGGCACAUUAUUUUUCACCCUCUUUUGUGUAAUACGUAUGAUUGUAAAUGAUGGAGCUGAUAGUGGAACCUUCAUCAGUGUGGUAGUAUACACAUCUAAUGUGUUUGCUCCGUUAUGUAUUCUAGGAACACUGUAUGCAAAUAUUGUUAAAUCUUUUACCGAUAUAAGUGACCUGACAGACAUUCUAAGAGAAAAAGUCGAUAUUGCAGAGGACUCUGACUUGGAAGCAUUUACCCUAACGUCACAUGAAAAGAAAUUUGGGGUCAGCAUUCAACUUGUAGGUGUAAAUUUUCAUUACCCAUCACAGACCCUACAUGUGGCCCUUGAAGAUAUUAACAUAUAUAUACAGCCAGGCACUACUUGUGCUCUAGUGGGACAUACUGGUUCGGGUAAAACUACCAUCUCGAAACUUCUGUACCGGUUCUAUGAUUAUGAGGGAGAAAUAAAAAUUGGAGGAAGGAAUAUAGCAGAGUAUACGAGAAAUUCAGUAAGAAAUAUUAUCGGUAUUGUCCCUCAAGACACCAUCCUUUUUAAUGAAACGAUUCGUUAUAACGUACUGUAUGGAAAGCUAGAUGCAACAGAGGAAGAGUUAAUUGAAGCUGUGAAAUCUGCUCAGCUGUACGAUUUUAUUAUGUCGUUGCCGAAUCAGUGGGAUACUGUGGUUGGAGACAAAGGGGUCAAAUUGUCUGGAGGGGAGAGACAAAGAAUCGCCAUAGCGAGGUGUCUAUUGAAGGAUCCUAAGAUUGUUAUAUUUGAUGAAGCAACUAGCUCCUUGGAUUCUAAAACGGAAUACUUGUUUCAAAAGGCAGUGGAAGAUUUAAGAAAAAACAGAACCCUAAUUAUAAUUGCACAUAGACUUAGCACCAUUUCAUCAGCAGAGUUAAUUGUACUUUUGAAUAAAGGAAGAGUGGUCCAGAGAGGCACCCACCAGCAUUUACUCAAAUUGAAUGGAGAAUAUGCAGAGAUGUGGAAUAUGCAAUCUAGAUCCAAUGACCUUUUUACAGAUGAUAAUUUUUCAAAUGACGAAAAUAAAAGUGCUCCUGCCGUGACCAGACAAGGGGAAGACAAAUCUGGGCUUGGCCCCGAUGAGUUGAAAAAGGGAGUCCCUCGUGAUGGCAAGGCUAGCAGUGCCAGAAGUGCCUUCUCUGGUAGCGGCGAACAGGAGGAUAAGCAUGAUAGCCGCAAGAAGGGGGGUGGAAAUCUCGACAUGCGUAGCAUCUUGAAGGAAGCCGCGAGGAGCGCCGUUAGGGGCGGUCGUUCAGCAAAGGCGAGAGGUAGUAAAGGCAGUGGCAGCUGCAGCAACACGUCUGGAAGUGUAACCAGUGCCAGGGCCAGCGACGUCAACAGAGUUGCGAGCAUGAACAGUAGGAGUGACCUGCCCAAUGACAGAAGCGACCUCCCCCACGGCAGAAGCAUCUUCAGCCCCAUCAAUCAAAACGUGAACAGCGUCCACAGGGGAACUAACGAAAACUAUAACACCAUUUACGAGACCAAGAAGGAGAACGACGCAGGCAUGUUCAGGGGCAGCGACGGCAGCAACGAUACUGUGCAUAGCAGCUGUGGUGAGGAAAGCGUGAGGAGUGCAAGUGCUAGAAAUGGAAGCGUUCGUGGGGGGAGUGUCCAGAGUGGCAGACGCAGCGAUCGAGCAAGUGUGAGGAGUGGAAGACAAAGUGACGCCGCCUCCAGCAUCAAGGUGAACGACACGGAGCAAGGAAGAAAUGAAUUUGGCAGUGCGCGAAGCAGCAACGGGCAUAUCGAUGUGACCAACUUGAGUGUUGGCGACGCGAACGCAGAACAGGUUAGCGUAGGAGCAGUCAGCGGUGAGCAUGGCAGUGUUGGCGGGGGACACGUCAGCAUUGGCGUGGACAGCAGGGAGAACAGUGUCGUAGAUGGCGCAGAGCACAUUACGGUUGGCGGGGGAGAGCAUAAUAAUGCACUCGAUAGCAGUGCGUAUAGCAGGCUGGACAGCGGCAACAGUCCAGAGGAUAACGACACAAAUCACAACAGCUACAAUAGUAGCAGCACCAACAACGACCUUGAUGUACGUGGAGACGAAAACAAUAUGAACAAUGACGCGAACACCUUCAGUGGCAGUACCAGCAAUGACAAUAACAUUAGCACGAACGACCUAGACAACCAAGAGUAUAACAGUGCCUUCCAGGGCGACUACCAUGUGGACGUAAGCGAUCCGGCCAGCACACACCAGCAGGACAAUGUAUACGACGGGGGAGUUGCGAACGAGCCGGUGAACGACCAUGUGAACGACCAUGUGAAUGACAAUGUGAACGACUCGGCGACUGCAACCGAUUACCAUGCCGCCGCGCUGGACAAUGAUUACAGUUACGACAACGGGGUUGAAGACGAUGAUUAUUGA